CCGGGGUCGUUAUCUAAGUUUUACAUUUUUCUUCCAUCCAACUCUGCGGGCAGAAAGGAGCCUUUCGCCCUCAGUCUCUCGGAGGUUUAGAGCCAAAGAGGUAACGAUAGAUUGUUCGGAGGAGCAGUCGGGAUGAGAGGGCGAGUCGGUGGCGGUCCGAACAGGAGGAACGAGUCUGUGUUCACUCGUGCGGUGGACGGGGUCUUCGCAUUCUUCCGUCUCGCCGAAUUCGAGAUCCUGUUCUUCCUCUUCAUUUUCAUCACCUUCCUUAUAUUCAAGGAUCUGACAUCAAGACCGGAGUAUAAUCAGAUUCUUGGAAAGAAGCUAGAUGGUGAUGAUUUCUGGCCACACUAGAUAUACCCAACAGCUUCUCUGAGAUUAGACGUGGACUGCUUUCAUGUCAAAGCUGUUAAAAUUUACUGUACAUUUUUCUUUGUGAGAUUGAUUUGCUAGUAAUAGGUCCCUUC